AUGGCUGCGGUCAGUAGACACACGUCAUACAACUGUCUGGCAGGAUGGGAUAGCUACGACAGGAUACCGAGGGUCCGUGUGGAGUACUACGUCAACGAAAAUACAUUCAAAGAAAGACUGCAACUAUACUUUAUAAAGAACCAACGUUCCAGUUUACGCAUUAGGAUAGUAAACCUAUUUUUCAAGAUUUUGGCAUGCCUUCUGUACAUAUUCCGCGUUUGCGCUGACGGCGAUCCUAUUAAUGCUACUUGUUACGGAUGUAAGCCGGGAAACAAGAGUGAGUUCGAAUUCUCCGCGAAUUUGACAGAAGAGGAAUUUCAAGAACACCCAAUUAUUAACUGGGACGGAAUCGUGUGGGUGCACCGACCCCUCUAUCUCUGGCUGGUCCAAGUCGUGCUGGCAAUGAUCUCCCUCGCUGAAGCAAUUUUGCAAGCGUAUCUUGGAUAUAAGGGAAAUAUUUGGCAACAGAUUUUGUCCUUCCACUUUAUAUUAGAGAUGGUUAAUACUGUACCAUUCGCGCUGACGGUACCAUUUCCGCCACUACGAAAUCUGUUUAUUCCGGUUUUCCUCAAUUGUUGGUUAGCAAAGAGGUCGCUUGAAAAUAUGUUUAACGACUUACAUCGCGCAAUGCAAAAGUCUCAGUCAGCGCUCUCCCAACAAUUAAUGAUUUUGUGCGUUACUCUACUGUGUUUGGUGUUUACCAGCGUAUGCGGAAUACAACACUUCCAAAGAGCUGGGCAUCGUCACCUCAACCUAUUCCAGGCCACCUACUUCGUGGUGGUGACCUUCUCCACUGUGGGGUAUGGUGACUUCGUCCCAGACAUUUGGCCCUCUCAACUAUUUAUGGUCAUUAUGAUCGGGGUGGCUCUGGUCGUUCUGCCAACACAGUUCGAACAACUAGCUUUCACAUGGAUGGAGCGACAGAAACUUGGAGGUUCUUACUCGUCACACCGAGCCCAAUCAGAGAGACACGUCGUGGUGUGUUCUACCACGCUCCACGCUGAUACUAUAAUGGACUUCCUUAAUGAGUUCUACGCGCAUCCGCUGUUGCAGGACUAUUAUGUUGUUCUUUUAUCGCCCAUGGAACUUGACACCACUAUGAGAAUGAUUCUGCAGGUCCCAAUCUGGGCCCAACGGGUGAUAUAUAUCCAAGGAUCCUGUCUCAAGGAUACCGAUCUCAUUCGUGCCAGGAUGAAUGAAGCCGAAGCCUGCUUCAUACUAGCAGCAAGGAACUAUGCUGAUAAGACCGCUGCUGAUGAGCACACUAUCUUAAGGUCGUGGGCAGUUAAAGACUUCGCCCCAGACGUGCCCCAAUACGUGCAAAUCUUCAGACCAGAGAACAAAUUGCACGUGAAAUUUGCAGAGUUCGUCGUAUGCGAAGACGAAUUCAAAUACGCAUUGUUAGCCAAUAAUUGCACCUGCCCAGGAGCAUCCACUCUGGUGACACUCCUGCUGCAUACAAGUCGAGGCCAGGAAGGCCAGCAGUCCCCGGAAGAAUGGCAUCGUUUGUAUGGAAAAUGUUCUGGGAAUGAGAUCUAUCACAUAGUGCUUGGAGACAGCAGGUUCUUUGGAGAAUACGAAGGGAAGAGUUUUACUUACGCGAGCUUUCAUUCGCACAGAAAAUACGGCGUCGCGCUGGUCGGCGUAAGACCUGCGGAACUACCCGAAUUCUACGAAGAGACGAUACUCCUAAACCCGGGCCCAAGGCAUAUAAUGAAAGCGAGCGACACGUGCUAUUACAUGAGCAUCACGAAAGAGGAGAAUUCCGCUUUCGUCGUCUCUGAGAAACAGACCGAGUGCAAACCGAGCUUAGCCAAAGAUCAAACAGCAUGUAGCCUCCUAUCUAGCGAGAGGAAGGGCGCGGACGCCGAGGAGGGCGCCUGCCCGCCCCGAAGAGCAGACGGUACUAACACGGCUCAAUUCGACCUCCCACAAGUGGUUCUACAAGCUCCCGCGAGUUCCCCACCAAAUGCAUCGCCAUCACGCAUCAAUACUGUAUCAUCCGCUAAUUUAACUGUCGCUAGCUACGGCGGUUCAGAUACAAGGACAUAUAUGAAAGACUCACCAGCAACUGACAGCGCGACCGAUAGCCACCUGCUGUUACCGAGGACGGAUAAUAACUAUUUGAGCCCGGACACGUUACAUUCACGACGAGGUAGCCGUCGGCCUUCGAUCCUCCCGGUCCCCGAUAUGGUUACGAGCAGUCUAAAUAUAGCAUCGGACAAUCAAGAUGAAGAACCAGAAGCUGACAUGAGCGAGGACGAGCUAGAAGACAAUGUGCCCUGGCGUUCUCCAUCCGAAAAAAUUGCGUAA